CUAAGGCCGGCCGGUGUUUCCGGAUUGGUCGCGCGUCUUCCCGCGGCCAAAAUGGCGGCCGAGCAUCCUGAACCCCCGAAAGGAGAGUUGCAGUUGCCGCCGCCUCCACCCCCUGGGCACUAUGGAGCUUGGGCUGCCCAGGAGCUUCAGGCCAAGUUGGCAGAGAUUGGAGCUCCGAUCCAAGCAGGGAGUCGUGAGGAGCUGGUAGAGCGGCUGCAGACCUACACCCGCCAGACCGGCAUUGUAUUGAAUCGACCAGUUAUGAGAGGUGACGAUGGGGACAAAGCUGCACCCCCUCCCAUGUCAGCACAGCUCUCUGGGAUCCCCAUGCCACCGCCGCCCAUGGGACUUCCUCCCCUGCAGCCUCCACCGCCCCCACCGCCUCCGCCAGGUCUUGGCCUCGGCUUUCCUAUGGCAGUCGGACCCCGUCCACCUAACCUGGGGCCUCCACCACCGAUGCGGGUGGGUGAGCCCGUGGCGCUGUCGGAAGAGGAGCGACUGAAGCUGGCGCAGCAGCAGGCAGCGUUGCUGAUGCAGCAGGAGGAACGGGCCAAGCAGGCGGCCGUGUUGCUGGAACAGGAGCGACAGCAGGAGAUCGCCAAGAUGGGCACCCCAAUUCCUCGGCCCCCACAAGAUAUGGGUCAAAUGGGUGUUCGCACCCCUCUGGGCCCUCGAGUUGCUGCUCCAGUGGUCCCCACCCCCACCGUUUUGCCCAUGGGGGCUCCUGUUCCCCGGCCUCGUGGCCCCCCACUGCCUGGGGAUGAAAACAGAGAGAUCGAUGACCCCUCCGUGGGCCCCAAGAUCCCACAGGCUUUGGAGAAGAUCCUGCAGCUGAAGGAGAGCCGUCAGGAGGAGAUGAACUCUCAGCAGGAGGAAGAGGAAAUGGAAACAGAUACUCGCUCAUCUCUGGGCCAGUCGGCAUCAGAGACUGAGGAGGACACAGUGUCUGUAUCCAAGAAAGAGAAAAACCGGAAACGCCGCAACCGGAAGAAGAAGAAAAAGCCCCAGCGGACCCGAGGAGUGUCUUCCGAGAGCUCUGCGGACCGCGAGAAGGAGUCCACCCGGUCCCGGGGCUCCGAGUCCCCAGCUGCUGACAUUGAGAUUGAGUAUGUGACAGAAGAGCCGGAAAUUUACGAGCCCAACUUCAUCUUCUUCAAGAGGAUUUUUGAGGCUUUCAAGCUCACUGAUGAUGUGAAGAAGGAGAAGGAGAAGGAGCCAGAGAAACUCGACAAACUGGAGAACUCCACAGCCCCCAAGAAGAAGGGCUUUGAGGAGGAGCACAAGGACAGCGAUGAUGACAGCAGUGACGACGAACAGGAAAAGAAGCCAGAAGCCCCCAAGUUGUCCAAGAAGAAGUUGCGCCGAAUGAAUCGCUUUACCGUGGCCGAGCUCAAGCAGCUCGUGGCUCGGCCCGACGUCGUGGAGAUGCAUGACGUCACAGCGCAGGACCCCAAGCUCCUGGUGCACCUCAAGGCCACGCGGAACUCUGUGCCUGUGCCCCGCCACUGGUGUUUUAAGCGCAAGUACCUUCAGGGAAAACGGGGCAUUGAGAAGCCGCCCUUCGAGCUGCCGGACUUCAUCAAGCGCACGGGCAUCCAGGAGAUGCGGGAGGCCCUACAGGAGAAGGAAGAACAGAAGACCAUGAAGUCAAAGAUGCGAGAGAAGGUUCGGCCCAAGAUGGGGAAGAUUGACAUCGACUACCAGAAGCUACAUGACGCCUUCUUCAAGUGGCAGACCAAACCCAAGCUUACCAUCCACGGGGACCUGUACUACGAGGGGAAGGAGUUUGAGACGCGACUGAAGGAGAAGAAGCCAGGAGACCUGUCUGACGAGCUGAGGAUCUCCUUGGGGAUGCCAGUGGGACCAAAUGCCCACAAGGUCCCUCCGCCCUGGCUGAUCGCCAUGCAGCGGUACGGGCCGCCUCCGUCCUACCCCAACCUGAAGAUCCCCGGGCUGAACUCGCCCAUCCCCGAGAGCUGUUCCUUCGGCUACCAUGCCGGUGGCUGGGGCAAGCCCCCAGUAGAUGAGACCGGGAAGCCACUCUACGGGGACGUGUUUGGGACCAAUGCUGCGGAAUUUCAGACCAAGACCGAGGAAGAAGAGAUCGAUCGGACCCCGUGGGGGGAGCUGGAGCCGUCUGAUGAAGAGUCUUCAGAGGAAGAGGAGGAGGAGGAGAGUGAUGAAGACAAGCCGGACGAGACUGGCUUUAUCACCCCCGCGGAUAGUGGCCUCAUCACACCUGGAGGGUUCUCGUCAGUUCCGGCUGGGAUGGAGACUCCUGAACUCAUUGAGCUGAGGAAGAAGAAGAUUGAGGAGGCAAUGGAUGGAAGCGAGACUCCGCAGCUGUUCACGGUGUUGCCAGAGAAGAGAACAGCCACGGUCGGGGGGGCCAUGAUGGGCUCCACCCACAUCUAUGACAUGUCCACGGUGAUGAGCCGCAAGGGCCCAGCCCCCGAGCUGCAGGGCGUGGAAGUGGCCCUGGCGCCAGAGGAGUUAGAGCUGGACCCCAUGGCCAUGACCCAGAAGUACGAGGAGCAUGUCCGGGAGCAGCAGGCGCAGGUGGAGAAGGAAGACUUCAGCGACAUGGUGGCCGAGCACGCCGCCAAGCAGAAGCAGAAGAAGCGAAAAGCUCAGCCACAGGACAGCCGCGGAGGCAGCAAGAAGUACAAGGAGUUCAAAUUCUAGGCCCCACACCCUGCAGGCCUCCGGCCCUUUGCCCGGACACCGGGCUUCACGUAGAGUCCCCAGCUCUCCCACAGUUCCCAUGGGCCUGGCAUUUCGUGUUCUUAUCUUAGACCUGUUUUGUAAAUAAAGCUGUUUCCCAUGGAAA